AUGGUUUUUUCUGCUUUUGGAUUUGUUCAAAAAAUAACCACUUUUGAGAAGACAACUGGUUUCCAAGCUCCGGUGCAAUUUUCUGAUUCAGAGACUGCCUCUUCUGCGAAGGAUGCUCUUGAUGGAAGAAGCAUUCCAAGGUAUUUAACUCAAGAGCUGGGGCCAUGCUCGCUUAGGAUCACAUAUUCUGCACAUACGAACUUGAGUGUUAAAUUCCAAAGUCAUCGUAGUAGGGAUUAUACCAACCCGCUCCUUCCUGUUGCUCAUUCGGCUAUGGAUGCUAGUGGCCAGGUCAGUUUUGGAGCACCAUCCAUUCAUAGGUCCGAACCCGAUUCAGAUGGUGGUAGUGUUCCGAUAUCAUGAUAUUUUAUCAUUACAAGUGUUUUAGUUACGACUUUAGUUUUUUUGGUAUGAUAUUAUGGUAACUUGAAUUAGAUUUAUGCAUUUUUCUGAUAUGUGUUACUU